AUGAAGGGCCUGCUCGAUUUCCUCAACCAGGCUGAAGAGCGCCUGACCCGGCUGGGACCGAUAGCAGCGGACAUUGAGGCGGUGAAGCGGCAGAUGGGCGAGCUGAAGGCGCUAAAAGCCUUUGUCGACCCGCACAUGGUCGAGGUGGAGGCGCUCAAUCGAAUGGCCCAUGAGCUGCUGGACCGGGUGCCGCCUGGUCAGGCGAGGGGCAUUCGCGACGCCGUCGCCGACAUCAACCGCCGCUGGAAGGACCUGCUGAAGGCGAUCGGCGACCGCCAGAGCGCCCUUGAGAACGCCCUCCUCAAGCUGGGGCAGUUCCAGCAGGCGCUCAAUGAGCUGCUGGCGUGGAUCGCCAAGCUGGGGCAGUUCCAGCAGGCGCUCAAUGAGCUGCUGGCGUGGAUCGCCAAGGUCGAGCGUGCGCUCGAUGAUGCGGAGCCCGUCUACGGCGACCCGCAGGUCAUCGAGGUGGAGCUGGCGAAGCACAAGGUGCUGAUGAACGACAUUCACGCCCACCAGGCGUCAGUCGAUUCGCUGAACGCCGUCGGCAAGCAGCUGAUUGAGGCGGAGGCGGGCGGCUCGGAGAGCGCUCGCAACACCCGUCGCCGACUGGACGACCUCAACAAACGCUGGGCCACCCUCCUGGACAAGGCCAACGGGCGAAAUCAGCAGCUGGAGGAGUGCCUGCGCGAAUCGCAGUGUCUGGCGCAGGAGAUCCAGGACAUGCUCGGCUGGCUGAAUGAGAUUGACGGGCUGAUCAGUACCUCAAAACCGGUGGGUGGGCUGCCGGAGACCGCCAGAGAGCAGCUGAAUCGCUUCAUGGAGGUGUACAACGAGCUGGACAUGGCCCGCCACAAGGUGGAGGCCCUGCUGCAGAACGGCGAGCACUACGUCGGCAAGGCCAAGGAAGGGGCGGCCGUCCAUCUUUCGCACAACCUCAAGGUCCUCAAGACCAAGUGGGAGAACAUUCUCAGCCGAGCCAAUGACCGCAAGAUCAAGCUGGAGAUUGCCCUCAAGGAGGCGACGGAGUUCCACGAGGCGCUCCAGGCCUUUGUUGAUUGGCUGACGGGCGCAGAGAAGUACCUCAGCAACCUGCAACCAGUUAGCCGAGUGCUGGACAGCGUCCUCAAGCAGAUUGAGGAGCACAAACACUUCCAGAAGGACAUUGGCCACCACCGCGAGACGAUGCUCAAUCUGGACAAGAAGGGCACUCACCUGAAGUACUUCAGUCAGAAGCAGGACGUGACGCUGAUUAAGAACCUUCUGGCCAGUGUGCAACAUCGCUGGGAGCGGGUGCUGACAAAGGCUGCGGAGCGGGCGCGCGCCCUCGACCACGGCUUCAAGGAGGCGAAGGAGUUCUACGACGCCUGGUCCGACCUGAUCGGCUGGCUGGACGAUGCCGAACGGACGCUGGACAGCAUCCAACAGCUGGGCAACAACCCCGAUCUGAUCAAGCAGACGCUAUAUCGACACAAGGAGUUCCAGCGGCAGCUGGGCGCAAAGCAGUCCGCCUACGACUCGACGAUGCGCUUCGGCAAGGGCCUCAAGGAGAAGUGCCCCCGCGAGGAUGUUCCGAUCCUCCAGGAGAUGCUUGACGAGCUGAAGAACAAGUGGAAUGCCGUCUGCCAGAAGUCGGUGGACAAGCAGCGCAAGCUGGAGGAGGCGCUGCUCUUCUCCGGGCAGUUCAAGGACGCCAUCCAGGCGUUGAUUGAGUGGCUGGAGAAAGCCCGGCAGCUGCUUGCCUUUGACCAGCCCGUACACGGCGACCUGGACACGGUGAACG